GGAUGAUUUCAGGUUGUAUGUUUUAGGAUAAACAAUAUUGUUAGCUGAUUAUAUAGAUUGACUUUAAGCCAGGUUAAACACUGAUAGCAUUCAAGUAUACAGAUGGUUAACAAUGUUGGUGUUUCAUGAUGUAUGUUGGUAGGACAUGUCUGCUGUAUUUUACCAUCAUAUCUCUAGAAUUGUCAUGUAUGUAUGCUGCGGAGGGUAGUUGUGAGGUGGAUCCUUGCCAGAAUUUUGCUACCUGUAUCCAUGACAACAACACAUUUACCUGUGUCUGUCCUCCUCAAUAUACAGGUCAGUUCUGUGAAGUGUUAAAAGAUGCAUGUGAUCCUAACCCCUGUAACAAUGGUGGUACCUGUGUUGAGGAGGCUGAUGGGUUUCAGUGCCUCUGUACUGAGCAUGCCCUGGGACCGAGGUGUGAAGCUGUGAGGAGAUACUGCCUUAAUGACAAUCCAUGCAAGAACAAUGCUGUCUGUGAAGAUAUACAUAAUGGUGGAUAUGAAUGUUAUUGUAGUCCAGGUUACUAUGGGAACUAUUGUGAGAAGGAGAUAGAUGAAUGUAGGUCCUCCCCUUGCAUGGAUACUGCAACUUGCCAAGAUGAAGUGAAUGGAUACAUCUGUCGUUGUCCACUUGGUAAAUCAGGUAUACACUGUGAGGUAGAUGUCACUGAUGGCUGUGUCUCCGAGCCUUGUAUGAAUGGCGGUACUUGUGUAGACAUAGGAGAUAAUGGACAGUACAGCUGUACAUGUGUUCCUGGCUUUGAAGGUGUCAACUGUCAAACAAACAUUGAUGACUGUGCAAUGAUCCAGUGUGGACCAAAUCAGAUAUGUAAAGAUCUUGUCAGUGGAUAUAGAUGUGAGUGUACAGCAGGUAGGACUGGAGAAUCUUGUGAAGUUGUUACUGAUGCAUGUGUUAGUAACCCAUGCCAGAAUUCUGGGACAUGUAUGCAUGACACAGAUAGAUACUUAUGUAAUUGUCCUCAGGGUUAUGCAGGUAUAAAUUGUGAGAUACAGAUAGACCUCUGUUAUCCCAAUCCCUGUCAUCACCAGGCUACCUGUGUAACAAACCAUUCACUGGUCACAGGGUACGUUUGUAACUGUAGUGAGUAUUUCCUCGGUGAGAGGUGUGAAGGCAAGGUUACUAGCUGUCAGUCACUGCCCUGUCAACAUGGAGGAAGUUGUAUAGAGAACAUCAAUACACCCGGAUAUACAUGCCAGUGUACCAGUGGAUAUACUGGUUCCCAGUGUGAGACUAGUGUAGAUAGUUGCCUGUUUACUGGCUGUAACAAUGGCGGAACAUGCACAUCUUCUGCCACAGGUCAUGAGUGUACAUGUUUACCUGGUUGGACAGGUAAGGAGUGUAAUACAGAUAUUGACGAGUGUAACAUAUCACCCUGUUACAAUGGUGGUGUAUGUAUCAAUAUACAAGGCUCCUAUAUCUGUAUGUGUGGUAACUACUGGACUGGGAUGAACUGUGAGCAUGAUGUGACAGAAUGUAGCACAAUGUCAUGUUUGAACAAUGGAACCUGUGUAGAGGUAGACGGUGGACAAUCAUACUGUCAGUGCAGUGAAGGAACAACAGGUGUGUAUUGUGAGACAGUACUUGAUGGCUGUGAAGCAGACCUUUGUCACAAUGGUGCACUUUGUGUUUAUUACGAAGGAAAUUACACAUGUCAGUGUCAACCAGGAUUUCAAGGAACGUUUUGUGAAGAAAACAUCAAUGACUGUGAACCAGAUCCAUGUAUAAAUGGAGGUACCUGUCAAGAUGGAAAUAAUGACUAUACAUGUCACUGUACGGAGGGAUAUAUAGGGAAAAACUGCAGUGAAGAUAUUGAGGAAUGUAGAAGCUCCCCCUGCCUAAAUGCUGGUACAUGUAGUGAACCAACUGUUGGUGUGUACCAUUGUGACUGUAUACCAGGUGUCUAUGGCAACCAUUGUGAGAUUGUUACCAUAGCAACAUUUAAUGGUUCAUCUUCAGUCAAGCUUGCACCACUGUCCAGUUUCUUGAUUAACACUACAGAAAGUAUAUCUGAAGAAGACAAGCAAAGUGAACUGUCUGCUUUGACGGAAGUUACUAUUUCAUUCUGGUUUUCUACAAGCGUAUACCAUGGGACUAUUCUUUCAGUUGCUGAUGUAACAGAAUGUGUUCACUUUUUAGUGCAGUUAGACAGUGAUAUAUUGAAGGUUUCAGUGGACAUGUAUGGGGAGACAGUUACAGGCAGUAUAAAACUGUUACCUCAUAGUAUAUCACGUCAUGUCCUGGUUUCUAUUACAACAUCAUACAUGAACAUUUCCCUUAACCAAUGUCAUGAGGGAGAAGUUUGUGAACUUACUGUGAAAUAUGAAAAAGAUGGUGCCAGGAUUAUUUUGAGUGGACCACUUGUAAUUGGAGGAGUAGAUGAUGUGACUCCAUAUCUUAGGAGUAAACUGCUUACACUGUCACCAUUCAUUGGAUGCAUUGGAAAUGUAACAGUCAGUGGUGAGCUAGUGAACUUUGCAAACACACAAAGUGAACAGUUAUCACUGGUUGCUGGAUGUCGCUCUCACGAUUUGUGUCAUGACGAUGUGUGUCAGAAUGGAGGAACAUGCAGGGAUUUGUGGUCCACUAGUUAUUGUGAAUGCCCACAAGGAUAUAUAGGGUCUUUGUGUGAGUUUCAACAAACAGCACAGUUUCAGGCAGUAUCUUUCUUGCAUUUCACCAAAGACUUUACAGAAGUGACAAGUUUAUCUCUGUGGUUGACAAGUAAUUCAGCCUCUGGAGUGAUUUUAUACACACUUGAUCAGGAUAUGUUGUGUCUGUAUAUAGAUGAUGGUCAGUUAGUUGUACAUUUGGUUGUUAAUGGUGAUGACUUUACCAGUAACAUAGGCAGUUUACAGAAUGGUGAAUGGUAUCAUCUGACUAUCCAAUUUCACAAUGGAUUUUACACGCUAACAUUGUCCAACGGACAGAGAAUUGUUGAGAGUAUAACUGGUCAAGUUGGUUAUUCCCUAAAUGUACAUACACCAUUGUUUAUGGGACAAUUUCAUGACCAUCCAGCUCUGGACAUGUGGAGAAAUAAGCUCAGAUUUAACCAGUUUACCAGUUUUUCUGGAUGUGUGAAGAACCUAACCAUUAAUGACAAACUAGUUGAUUUUCAAACUGCCUCACCAUCAGUAUUUGGUAAUGAUCCUGUGUCUGCUAUGCCUGGUUGUACAAGAGAUCUGGCUUGCUCCUUGUCUCCAUGUCGACACAGUGGUACUUGUAUCCCCAGCUGGAAUAACUACACCUGUCAGUGUACAUCUAGCUACACCGGAGAUCAUUGUGAGUUAGCAGAGGCAGUGACAUUCAACGGAGAUAGCAGUUACAUAGACAUGAAACUGAACACAAGUCUCACACCAUUUGGGGACACUGGUUUCUUUGAAUUUCGGACAAGAGAUGAAACUGCCACCUUGAUGUAUAUCCAAUUCUUUAGUGAGCAUGUGAACACCAGUUUGGAGUUUGGCCUGUAUAAAUCAUGUGUUUAUGUGAGCCUGUCUGCAGAUAACAUAUCAAGACUGAGCUGUAAUGACAGUGUAUCAGACGGAGAAUGGCAUGCUCUAACUUGGGUGAGAAACAGAGAGAAAAUCACAGUGAAUCUAGACUCUACUUCAUUGUCAACAUCAUUGUACUUCGAUCCCUUUAUAUUUGAGCCAAUCAUCAGAAUGUUUGUAGGAGGAAAACCUUACAAUUUUGAUAAUCCAGGUUUCAUGAUUGGUUUGACCAAAGGGUGUGUGAGAAAUGUCUCCUUUAAUGGUAACAACCUGAAUAUUCUUGAAGAUUUUGAUGCAGAACUUGGAGUUGAUGUUAUAAAGAAGGACAUUUUACCUACAUGUGUUGGUGACAAUAUGUGUAGAGAAGGUGCUUGUCCGGAAAAUUCCGACUGUGAAGAUAUAUGGAAUGAUAAGGUCUGUACCUGUCAUGACGGUUGGCAUGGUAACAUUUGUAAUGUUAGCAUAGAUGAUUGCGUCUCUAAUUUAUGUAGCAAUGGAGAAUGUGUAGAUGAUCACAGAAAUUAUACUUGUUUGUGUAACAAUGGUUACACAGGCAUGUUAUGUGAUGUUUUAUAUAAUCCAUGUGACUCGCAGCCAUGUUUUCAGAAUGGUACAGCUAACUGUACAUUGAAAUUUCCAAGCGAGUUUGAAUGUUUGUGUAAUCCUGGAUGGUCAGGGCUGUUAUGUUCCGAAGAUAUAAAUGAAUGUGAAAGUAAUCCAUGUGUAAACAAUGGCAUAUGCACAGACUUGGAAAAUGACUUUGAAUGUGUAUGCAAGACCGACAGUUUCGGGAAAAGAUGUGAAAACAUUCGCAUUUGCUCUUCUGCUCCGUGUUUCAAUGGUGGUACAUGCGCGCCAAAUGAGAACAAUACUGAUUUUUCAUGUAACUGUCUCCUAGGUUACUUGGGAAAGCAGUGCCAGAUUCAUGAUUUUUGUCAGCGAAACAUGUGUCAGAACAAUGGAUCUUGUGUGAGUAGCUCUAGUGGCUACACAUGUAGUUGUUUACAAGAGAAUUAUGGUGUAUAUUGUCAGUUUAAUGAUUACUGUGCCAGUGAGCCAUGUUUGAAUGAUGGCAUCUGUCACAAUGAUGUCACAUCUUUCCGCUGUACCUGUACCAAUCUGUUCUCAGGAGAUACUUGCGAAACUCCAGUCAAUAGAUGUGAGAAUAAUGUAUGUAGAAAUGGUGGUAGCUGUUUUUUUAAUGCCUCAGAUCUCACCUCAGACUAUAUAUGCAGUUGUGUUGAGGGGUUUACUGGUGUACAUUGUGAAACGGACAUAGAUGAGUGUCAGUCUAACCCAUGUCAGAAUGGAGCAGUCUGUGUUGAAAGUAACCAGCAACCUUGGAAGUUUUUCCCAGGAUUCCACUGCAGCUGUGUACAAGGUUACAGUGGACCGUAUUGUCAGUAUGAUGUAAAUGAAUGUGAAAGUAUGCCUUGUGCGAAUAAUGGAACAUGUAAAGAUCUUGUAAAUAGAUUUGAAUGUGAAUGUAUGGAAGGGUUUACAGGAAAAUUGUGUGAGCUAGAUAAGCGAGGGUGUUCUUCAGCACCAUGUCACAAUAAUGGAGUAUGUGAACCAUAUGAGGACAGUUACACAUGUGUAUGUACUGCUGGCUAUACAGGACCAUACUGUCAAAUAGAUAUAGAUAACUGUGUACACAAUACCUGUAUGAAUGAUGCUGUUUGUAUAGAUGGUGUAAAUUCAUACACUUGUCAGUGUCAGCCUGGAUAUAGUGGAAAACUUUGUGAACAUGUACAUGAUGCUUGCUUCAGUCAGCCGUGUAUGAACAAUGGUAGAUGUAUAUUUAGGGGACUCUGUAAUUGUUCAGAUAUUGUUCAGACAUGUGGCUGGUACAAUGAAAGCUGUCAGGUAGACACGUGUUCUGACACACCAGAAUGCUCCAGCUAUACCACAGCUUACCUCUGUGACUGUGCUGGGAGUGGGUAUGAGGGGGAAACAUGUGAUACAGAUGUGAAUGAAUGUUUGCACGAUGUAUCGUGUGAACACGGUGGUAUCUGUACCAACACAGCUGGGAGCUACACAUGUGAUUGUAAACAUACAGGAUACAUUGGCAGCAGAUGUGAAGAAGACAUUGAUGAAUGCAGUGGUCCCAAUCCAUGCUAUAAUGGUGGUCAGUGCAAGAAUCUGUUUGGCUCAUUUAAAUGUCUGUGUGGAGCUGGUUGGACAGGUGACACUUGUGGUGAACUGAUUGACAGCUGUCACAUAAACCCAUGUGACAAUGGUGGCACUUGCAUCAACACCAGAUCAGGAUACAUCUGUGAUUGUGCUAACUCAGGAUUCCAGGGAGAUAACUGUGAUAUUAAUGUAAAUGAUUGUGUUGGAAAUCCAUGUUUAAACAAUGGCCGCUGUAUUGACGGAGUUAAUUUAUUUACAUGUGACUGUAUGGGUACUGGUUACCAUGGUAAUUUCUGUGAGAUAGAAACAGAUCACUGUGCAUCAUUACCUUGCAAGAACAAUGGUUCAUGUACAGAUACAGGCUUGAGCUAUCAGUGUGAGUGUACAACAGGGUAUACUGGAGUCAACUGCAGUGAGGACAUCAAUGAAUGUAAUACAGAACAACAUAGAUGUACUGCUGAUUCUAUUUGUCUAAACAAUGUUGGAUCCUAUACGUGUGCAUGCUUGGAGGGAUUCACUGGUGAGUUUUGUAAAGUUUCCAUGCAAGAGAACAUCGAGAGUAGUUCAAACACUGGGGGAGUUGUUGCUGCAUCUGUCAUCAUCAUCAUUAUUAUCAUCAUUGUUUUACUGAUCUAUGCAGUUUGGUAUAUACGAAAAUUACGACGUAUGAAGGGUCGUUAUAAACCAUCACAAAUCGAGGCAGCUAACCCACCAGCAGUGUCAGUAAUACCCCUUGAAAAAAUAAUUGAUCCAACAACAGGGGAAAGGUUAAUAUGAGAAUAAAACAAGCUCUUGAUUUCACACAGACAUGAUAUGUAUUUUCAUUGUUCCAUAAUUCAUGUGAUAACUGCUAUAAAUUUUGUACAAAUUUUUAUGGUUUCAAUAUUUGAAAAUAUUUUUAUAAUAAAAUCAGUUAGUCAAUGA